AUAUUAGGUAAAUUCUCUGAACAGGCCCAAACUGUUAUCAUUUCCAGUAAGGUCUAACUGUGUGACGUCAUUACGGUAAUAUAAGGAUGAAAAGCCUCCGCCCGGCGGAGAUUGUUGAUGCAAGACUGUUUUCCCCGCACUUUCUGCGCAAAAGUGUGUAAUAAAAUCACUAUUUUUGACACCUUCCACGGACUCUGCUUGUUUUUCCUUUUUACCCAAACCGAACCAGACGUAACAGUAUACAAACAGCUGUAGCUCCAUAAAGGCAGCAUGCAGAGACUCACAGUGUCUUAUAAUGAGAGGCUGCUUUCUCUCACACAUUAUGUUCACUUAUUAUCAGCACAUGUUGUUGUUCUGUGGAAGCUAACAUCUUGUAGUUUCUGACUCUUUGCAUGUUUAGCAUGAGGCUAAAAUUCCCCCUCAGUGGGUCACUGGUGACCCGCUGGAUGUUCAGAGGUUCACUAAAUCCAACAUGACUAAAAACUCAAAUGUCAAAAGAAAUAAACAAAAUAUUUAAAGUCAAUCAUUUAACCUCUCUGCUCUGUUUUGUUUCCUCUUUCAGAUCAUAAAUUCAUCACAGCUGAGUCUGGACAGAACAUCACCCUGCCAUGUCGAGCUCCAAAGAACAACAUCAGAGUUGUGAAGUGGAGAAGAGCUGACCUGGGAGAUGAACAUGUGCUUUUCUACCGGACUGAUCACUUUGUUCCGGCCAACCAGCAUCCAUCUUUUAAGAACCGGUCUGAUCUGCAGGACAGACAGAUGAAGGAUGGAGACGUGUCUUUGAUUCUGAAGGAUGUGAUGAUUGAUGACACUGGAACAUACGAGUGUCAUGUUUUUGUGGCAGAAACACACUCAUGGCAGCUCAGCAUCAGCGACCUGAGUGUUGUUCCUCCAGACCAGAAAAUCACCCCAGCUGAGUCUGGACAGGACGUCACUCUGACAUGUCGAGCUCCAAACAACAAGAUCGGAGGUGUAAAGUGGAGCAGAGCUGACCUGGGAGAAGAAUAUGUGCUUUUGUACCGUGACGGUCACUUUGAUCCAGCCAACCAGCAUAAAUCUUUUAAGAACCGGGUGGAUCUGCAGGACAGACAGAUCAAAGAUGGAGACGUGUCUUUGAUUCUGAAGGAUGUGACGACUGAUGAUGAUGGAAAAUACGAGUGUCAUGUUUUUGUGGCAGAAACAGACUCAAGGAAGCCCAUCAGCAUCAUCUAUCUGAGUGUUUUUCCUCCAGGUCAAACAGAAGAAGAGGAUGGAUCUGUUAGACUGAUAGUUCGUCUGUCCGUUUGUGCUGUGGUUUUUGUUGUUGCUGUUUAUGGAUUUUUGAUCUACACGAGAAAACCGUGUGACUCUAAGACUGAUAUUAAUCAGGAGGGGGAGCCUCUUUACUCUUUCCGGGAGGGUGAUCUGAAGGUUGAAUGAGAAAUGAACUCUCCAGAACAUCUAGCAACUGUAGACAUAGAACAUCUCUGAUGGUCAUCAUCAGGGGCAAAAAUGGGCUUUGUAAAUAUUUAUGGUGUUCUGUGUCACCUCAGGCAAUGGAAAAAAAGCAAGCCUAAAUUUGUCCUCCUGUGCAGGCUAAAUUUGUAGCAGGUUAUUUCAAUCUCGCACCCAAUCUUUUCUUAAGCCUGUGACAAAGUGGGUGAGAAGACCAUUUGUCUACAUUCUUAGUUAACAUUCUUGUUUUGAUUUAACCAUAUUUCACUUGUAAUGUGCAAUAGGCAAACAUCUACUAUCCCGGGUUUGUUUAUGUUUUGCACUUUUACAGAUUAUAUAAUAUAACAUCUUGGUUUAAAUCAAUUCCUACAAGUUUGUUAAGUUAACAUGUUCUUUAUUUCAACUGUUAAUUUGUAUUGUUUAGAACUUACCUUACCUACCUGUCUUCCAGAAACAAAAGGAGGAAAUGUAGUUUUACUUCCUGCUUUAUACCUUCUGGGUUCAUCUGAGGUCACAGGAAGAGACCAAGUGCAGAAGGGGAAGAACUCUUAUAAUUUAAUAAAGUUGAUUUUAGAGGGUUUAUAAAGAAAUAGAUUUAUUGUUGUAAUAUGUAUUGAUUACACCACAGAGUUUAUGUUGCCAGUAAAGAGGAGUAGUAGAGGUUUGAAUAUAAUCAUGUUCAUCUUACCUACCUACUGAAUGGAAUAGUCCAGAGGAGAAAUUGUUUGGUUAAGUGGACUAUUUAAGCAGAAGAACUCAGGUGUUUCGAG